GUUGCAGUCGCGCGCGACGCGUCGAGCGGCCCGCAGCGCAGUUGAUGGAAAAGCUGUACAGCGCCGUCGCCGGAGUGAACAUACGUCGCGAAUACCACCUGAAUGUUCCGUAGAGGGCAGCCGUCUCUCUAAUGGAAUUUCUCAAGACCUGCUCUACCAAUGCGCAAGCUAUAGGUGACUUUGAAGCCAUUGCAUACCAAGCCAUCUCCGUCACACGCACCACCACCACUACCACUACCACCACAUCUGCAUCCUCCAAAGCACGGCCCUGGCCUGCCUCCGAAGAUGUACGCGCCGCCGAGGCGGAGCUGCGCCAUGCACUUCACCUGGUCGCGCACGACGCCUCCCGCCCGUGGCUGUGGCUGUUCAAGCCCACCACGGUCGACAAGAUAGGACAGACCAGCAUCCAGCUCCCCGACCUCGACGGCUACCGCUUGCAGCGCGAGCACACGGGAGCCAUCAAGGCCAUCGAUCUAGUCCGCCCACCCAUGCGCCCGGGCACCCCACACACCACCGCUGCCUCCAACCAGCCCCCAUCAACAAACGCGCCCCAACGAGGCCCGCAAGGUGUGGCCCCAAGGCAGGCGCAGGGCAACACACAGGCACAAACAUCUGCCGAUCCGCCUCAGCCUCCCGACUGCUUCACUCUGUACGAGCUCUUCACAUCGGCCGUCAUUGCAUUGGUUUCGUUCCAAGUCGUCAAGAAUUGCGAUGUAGUCGCCUUGAACUACCGCACAUUUGUGUCCAAGGCCACCAAGCAGAUUGGCGAUGCACAGGCAGAUGCUGAUUCGCAACCAGAGUUGCAGCGCCUUACCAGCAUACAUGCACACUGGACGAGUUCGGGCACCCUACUGCUAUCCACCUUCACCGACAAAAAUCACCUCAUCCGUUGUUUGAGCAGCGUCUCGACGCAGCUCGAGGAGAGACAGCUUACUGGCAGAUGCAUUCGGGUAGCACCCAACGGCUUACUCGCCACCAUCACGAGCUUCGAAGACCCCCUAGAUUCUGUCGCCGAGGAAACUGGCGUCCGCCACCGAAAGCGCACCAAAGUAACGACUCUCGAGCAGAACAUCGAAAAAUGGAAGACAAGCGUCAGGCGCUGGCUGAGCUGGAAAGGCUACGCCUUGCCUGACUUGGAGAAGAGAAGCUCGUGGGUCAGAAUACGUACCACGUUGAUACCAACCUCUACGGUCUCGAGUCCAGCUUCUGUGGCCCCAGAGCGAGACGUGCUAUGGCCGCGAGCACUAUGCUUCUUCCACGUGACCGAAGAGCCAGACGCAAUCGCCGCCGGAAUCAACGUCUCUGAUUCCAACGUAGUUAGGUGGUUUGAGACGCCAGAAUCCACAGGCUUCAAAGACCCGCUCGACGUUGCGCAGGAAUGGUUUCUGGGCAAGCCGGAUCGCGACAAGAUUCUCGAAGCACGAAGAAAGGCCAAAAAGGCAGAAGAAGAUGCCGCCCGUCGCAAAGAGGAACACCCCAGUCUGCAUCCAUCAUCACCGCUGAACGCUCGAACAGGCGCCUAUGGCGACUUACAAGCAGUGGGCGGUGUGUAUCCUACUCCUCCGGACGGAAUUGCUCCCGGCACUGGCGUUUCCUACAGCGACACCCCUAGUGUGUCUGGUACAGCUUCCAACGUCAUACUAGCCCCUGGAGGCAACAACCCUGCCAUCAACCUCUCGGCUCCACCGCAAAACACCAAGGCGGACGAUCAACAGAUGAUCACUACGUCUCCAGCCGUUCCUUCAGCAGCAGACAACUUUAACACAUCUAGCGGCAACGAUGAUUUGUUUGAGGACAUGGACGAGGAUGGCUACGGCGGCGACCGCAUCAACGACACUGAUUUUGACUUUUUCGAUGGCCCCGACAAUGACGACGUUGACAUGCUAGACGCACCAGCUCUACCCGAGCAAAAUGCACCACCUGUUGAUGUUAUACAAGACCAUGCGUCUGGGGCCGUUACCGAAUCUCAUCCCCAAGAUGAAAUGUCCGAUCCUUUUGCGGCUCUCGAAAACGCACUUGCCACAGCGUCUGAACCUCCAAUGGCUCACGACGACGUCAAAGGUAAAGACCGUGCCGAUAUGCGAGCACCCAAGAUUGAAGAUACUGGAUUUUCCGACAGCAAAAAGUUGUCACCAACACGUCGAAACGUGUCUUUUUCUAAAGCGCCUACGCCACCUCUUAGCCCCAGCAAGAUCUUGAAAGCGCUAGAGCCAUCUCCGACCAAAAGGUCUGCAUCGCGUACCCGAGCAGAAGGCGCUGUCGAUGGCUACCGCGAUGCUCAAUUCGACCCGGUUGCAUUCAAUCGUAAGAUGAGCCUGUCGGAUGCAAAGUAUCAAGGUGGACGGUUCAGUGCACAUCGCCCCAGAACUGGGGAUCGCCAAAGGGAGCCCAGUCCUACUCCUACCCUGGGGACUAUAGCUUGUCAACCAAAAUUUUCCAGAGACUUUCCUCUGCUUUCCAAGCUUCGUCUCGCAGCAGGUAUUGCAUCUGCAAACAGAAUACCCGAGAUUGCAUCUCUAGCUCGUGCGGCUAGUGUAGACUCGGAUUCUUCCAGUGAGACAUCAGAUGUAUUCGACGAAGAUUCCGGAGACGAAGAGGCAGAGGCGAUGCCUGCUGUUGUCACGACUAACAUCAUUAUGCCCGCGAAGAGAAAAUUGCAAAGUGAGGGCAAUGCUACUCCACUGUCGGUAACAUCGUUUGCAGAUUCACUAGGCGGUGACUGGAUGGAAUUGUACGGAUUACAUCUAGACGAAGCAUGUCUCAACACCUUCGAACCAAGUCUGUGGGAUUGGUCAUUAGUCAAUGUUCCCGGCCCAGCUGAACGACUUGUAGCAGGGGCACGAUACAGUCUUCCUGCUUUGCUCCCCAGUCCUGCGCAGAUGCCCGAUACCCCUACUUCACAGCCUGAUCCCACAUACGAAGUGCCAGACGAAAAGCCUUUGAGUGGUAAAGAAUGCAUCUCCAUCACACAGAUUGUGACUGACCAGAUUGUCUCUACAACACUCGACAUGCUUGGGGAGGACUCACCUAUCAGAAGCGAACCCACCAUGGAUCCUGUGGCAGAGAAGCCUUGGAACAGCGUCAUCAAAGAGAUCUUUCCAACCGCUGCAGACUGUGAUUUGCCUACACUUGUUGGCGUCCAUGAAGUGUUCCAGGACUAUGCAGCUUUGGCCAAGGCACAGCAACGACCUCCAGCACGAAAGAACGAUGGCCCAGCAAUCACAGGGAGCCACAUGUACCAAAUUCAAGCACCGUUCCUGCGAGUGCGUCGUGCGGAAACGCACUGGGACUUGCUGCCACCUGCGGUAGCAUUCUGGGAGCCUCUAGGACUCUCACCUAUCAGCACCCAAAAGAACAUUGUCGCGUUCUGUGUGUACCCACACAGCGAUGCUAUUCGCCCAUGCUUGGAAAACUUUCUACUCAACCUGCAGCUCGCCUACGAUGGCUGUAAACUAGGCAGUCAUAGUCGAGUCGAGACGGUCGUGGAGUUUGAAGGCGGCCUUGUACCCGUCAAGGCAACAUCGGCCAUCACACCGCGGGACUCUUUCAAGCUUCUCAAAGAAACGUGCAUUCAGCUUGGCAAACUCCUCGCUCUUCAGCAUAGCAAGAUACGCGAGCAGCAGCAAGACUCAAAGGUCGAUGCUUUUGUCAUCUACAUGAUUGAUCCUUUCGGUGGGCCAUCGGCAGUCUGGGAGCUCUGUUCAGCUUUCUGGGCGCUUUUCCAGGCUUAUACCCAGGUCCAUCCAGGACGUACAGACCAACCACAGAAGCCGGAUGUUGUGUUACAGAUCAUUCCCAUCAAGUACAUUUCCUCGUUUGAUACCCCGGUCGUCCUCGACCCAUCUACUUACUUUAGCCUUGCACGAGAAGUCUACGACCGCUGCCCGCCAAGCGCACCCAGUGGCGACAAGACGUCCCUCAGUAUAUACAAAGCGCCCGCGUUCCAUCUAGAAGAGAUCUUGCCACGCAACAUCCCUUUCAAGCUUAUAUCGGAGCCAGCCCAGGAUCUGCUGCGAGAAAACACCUACAUGCAUCUCGGCUACGCCAUCAGUCUCGAUGGUACCUGGGUUACCGCCGCAUGGACAGACAGCUGUGGCAAGUCUCAAGCAGUCGUCUCCUACCACCUGGGAACACGUAUGUUUCGAGAAAUUGCAAAAGAGAUCUGGCAAACGACUAUCGAGAUACUGCAAUCCCGAAGAGUUAAUUGGCGCGUCUGCAUCGCCAAAGCCGGUGUACUCGAAAGGGAAGAGCUCGAGACAUGGGUAUUCCUCAUCUCAUGUCCAACGCAGAUCAACGUAUUUGUGACGUUGCUUACGGCAGUUGAUGCCGAUCCGCCGUACCAAUUCACACCUACUGUGUCCACUCAAAACACAGCGACCGGCGCUGGCGCAACCACACCAGUUUCAACACCACAGGCCGGAGUGUCACCCUCUGAUCCAGGGCCAGGCCUGACGCCUGCUGCAACACCAGCCGCGGAUCCAACAGCCACCGACCCAACAGCCGAUCCCGAAGCACGUCUCGUGGAUGUAACUGACGACACGUGGGGUAUAAUUCUUGCCCACCGUUUGCACAACUCAUACUCGUCAACUCAAUUUAGCCCAGCACUGAUAUCCGGUCUACUCGUCAAACGCGGCGAAACAAUUCAAACAUCCAACAGCACUGCGCAUCCCAUUCCCGAUCCAGAGCAAGGACCCAUUGUCGUGGCCGUCAAUUUCCUCUGGAUCGGUGCCGUAGGCUCAUCUCGCAAUGCCACCAACUCCCCUUUUCCACCUACUUCUUCGUCCGCUACACCCUCCAGCUCUUCUUCAGACCUCCCCAGUCCGGGCGGCUCCAAUCUCCCCAACCCAUACGCCAGUAACCCUGGUACCCCGCAAAGUCCGGGGCCGGGCCAAGAGGGCCAGAGAAGCACAACUAGUCUCAUGUGGACGCCUACGCCGCAGACGAGAACUACAGCUGAGGGAUUGCUCAAGGAAGUCCUGGGCCAGUUUAGGGCGUUGGGCUUGUUGGCUAAGUUGAGAGGUAUGCGAGGCACGCGUAAUGGAACCGUGCCUUGGCAUGUAGCUGCUGCUAAGAGGGGAGUUGAGGGGCUAGGCAAGAUUGGUGGUGGUGGUAUCAACGGUACUAUAGCAUGA